AUGAUGUCGCGGGUCUCGUUCUUAUCGCAGAACUACAGCUUGGAAGAUGAGCACUGGAGAUACUCUCCUGAAGCCAUUGCAGAGUUCUUUCGGGAACAUGGGGCCUUUGAAUUCCCCCCCAAUCUAUUACUGAGCUAUCUCUCCAAUGCUCCUUACAUGCGCUGUCCUCAGCCUUCUCGUUCUUCGUUCGCUGUUGUUCCGGUCUUAACCUCUCGUCCAUCUGGCUCUACACCUUGCUCUGUGUUGGGUUCAUCCCACGCCGCACCUGCGCCUGGUUUGUCCAGCAUGGAGCUCCUAGUUUACCUAGCCCUUUUAAAGUGCAGGGGUCCACCAACUUCGGGAGUCAUUCCUCAACCAAAAAAGCUCAAAACUGGCCCCAAAUCUCAGCCAGUUGUGGUAUCUUCUGACAAUGAAAGCAAGCGCCUUGUUACUAGUCCUUACAAGACUUGUUCCCGCAGGGCUCCCCCUUCUUCGGUUGAGGUUCCAGACAUUGAUCUCGCCCUGGCUUCCCCUCGAGCUCGCCCUUCCAAGACUUCGGUUAAGAAGGUGGUCGAGAAGGUUGUUGACAAGACUGUCUCUUCCUCUCAACUUGACGUGGGUUCUCUCUGGGCCAAACAGGGCACAUCUGGCGAUAAGUUUCCCCGGGAGUGGGUUAACCGGGCUCGGAAGAUGGAUUUGCAACUUGAGUACGGUGACACUAAACUGGACUUCUUCCAGAUAUUAGAGGCCGCACGCUCCACUGCUUUUUUUGACAAAUUCACUCCUUGUCAGGGUUGCCUUUUAAGAGGCUCUGACAAAUGUUAUCAGGUCUGGACUCCAGGCAAAGCAGCCAGCACUUACCGUUAUCGCGGAUAA